AUGGGCUUCACCUCCAAGGCCGAGUCUAACGAGACCACUAGUGGUUUUAUCUUCUACAGGCGGUGGGUGAGAGUUGAGACCGAGUCUGGGGAUAUCUCUUCCAGCUUCUAUGUCAAGGCUUCGUCUGAGGGCGAGGGAGUUUAUUCUCUGCUGUGGAAUGCCACCGAUGAUGAUACUGCUAUUCCGAUUUCACUGCGCUUGGUCAAGCCUUAUAACUCGUGA